GGCAGAAAUUCAUGACGUCCUAGAAGAGUAUAAAGAAGGAGCUGCAAAAUUUAUGGGUAUGCCAGAUGCUGUGAUCUACUGCUCCCUUCAUGACCCAGUCACUCCCUGCCCCUCUGGCUACAACACUAACAAGACACCCUUGCUGUCAUUUGCGACUGCUGUUGGUCCCUGUUGUCCCUGCACAGAAGGUCUCCCUGUGGGGCAGCUCAGGGCGCAUGGAGGUGACAGCUUCCAAGUUCAUGGACAUCCAGCGGGCCAUCCAGCCAGAUUGGUUCCAGUGCAUCUGUGAUGGAGACACCAUUUCUGGGGAAGCUGGCAGAAAAAGAGCCAAGAAGUCUGUGGAUAGGUCACUUUCCUUCUUGGAUAUAUGCCUUCAGCUGCAAGAAAAAUCACCGGAACUACAAGGAAGUGUAAUGUUUGGGGCAAUUGAAGGCGGAGAUGUCUUGGAAGAGAGGCUCAGAUCAGCCAGGGAGACUGCCAAGCGGCCUGUGGGUGGCUUUCUGCUAGAUGGCUUCCAGGGAAGUGCCAUGGCCAAGGACACCAAGUUGAAACUGAUAGCUUCUGUCACAGCAGAGCUGCCAGAGGAUAAACCAAGAAUCAUUCAUGGUGUAGGCAAGCCAGAUGAGGUGCUUGAGUGCAUUGAAAGGGGAGUGGACAUUUUUGAGAGCUUCUUUCCCUUCCAAGUGACGGAGCGAGGCUGUGCCUUGGUUUUCAGUUACAACUGCCAUCCAGAUCCUGAAGCAACAGUUUUAACACAAAAUGGGAUCCAGGACCUGGAGAAGAAUGGUGCUCGAGAAGACCAGGAGGAAGUAUCCAAAGCUGACCCAGAAAUGACACCAUUUGAGAUAUCUCUGAAGGAUAAAAAGUACCACGAUGAUUUUGGCCCUGUGCUGGAAGGAUGCGGCUGUUACUGCUGUCAGAGGCACACCCGUGCCUACGUGCAUCACCUGCUGGUGACCAACGAGCUGCUGGCCGGUGUCCUGCUCAUGAUGCACAACUUGCAGCACUACUUUGGCUUCUUCGGUGCCGUUCGGGAGGCCUUGAGGGACAGGAAGCUGGAGCAGCUCAAGGAGCUUGUCUUCAGGCAGGCGCUGCAGAGACAGUGAACGCAGAGAGGACAGCGGGGCCUGCAGGCUGCAGCCUCAGCCCGUGGGACUGUAUCACCUGGACCUGGCAUAGUAAAAUGCCUUUAAAAUGCCUUUUUUCCUUCCUGGAGGGACCUGAAGGAGAUGUGUGAAGGAGAUUUCUCUUCCUGGUGGGGAAGGAUGAUCUUGUUCAAACGCCUCUUCUGGUUAAUUGGCUUGGUGCAUUCUUGGUGGCUGGAAGGGCCUGGACGAUUCACCAGUAAGACCAGUGUGGAUGGUUUGUUUUCAGAUACUCACUGUUGGUUUCCCAUGUGCAGAUAAAGCAGGGCAUAUACUUAAAAUUAAUCUGCAUGGAGACUCAGCAGCUGCUUGGGACUCUUGUUCCAUACUCCGCAGUAAUUAUUUUUCUAGAAAAAACUAGUGGUGUCCUAGUCUCUCAUCAUGUAUGCCCUUAGUAAGAAAUCCCACCUCAGUCUUUAAAUACUGUCCUUGUAACCAUUGCCAGCAUCUGUGUCCCUGUAAAGAGCUGACUGGAAGUGCUGCUGUGUCUGGUGGCACAAGGGACUGUGUGUGCUCCUCUCUCAGGCCACCCACAGUGCAGAAUGUUCCCUGGGCCUGGAAGAAGUCUGCCACUUCGGCCUGGCCUUGAGCACCCCUGCCAAAGGGGUCCCAUUGAGUAAUAUUAGAGCCUGAGAGAAAAGAAAGUGUUUAAUCCAUGUCCUGCUGUAGGGCUUUUUUUUUUUUUAAAUUCUGUGCACUUUUUUCAGAUUUCACUCCUGUGGUAGCACAUGGGUGACAAUGUCUGUAUCAUCCUUUCCAGCCACCCUAGCACUGAUCACAGAGCAGCCUGCACAAAUGUCACUGUGCAAUGGAGCUGUGGAAGGGAAGUGUCAUGGGAAAGGACUUUCAGAAAAUAUUCUGGUGGGUCCUUGUUUCAGAGUAUGACUUAGUUAUGUUACAUUCCUCUUGCUCAGUUGCGGUUUUUUACUGUCCCUCACUGUGGAAUCAUGGAUUUAAUAGUUUUAUAUUUCAAAGCAGCAAUAAAAUACAUUUAUUGUUUGUUUCA